CUCUUUCACGCAGAACAGCCGUCGACCGUCGUCUCCGCGUAAUCCACCCAUCUGUAGAAACGUACUCUCCCCGAAUUAGGGACCGAUUAUGUCUGCAGGCACACAUGCUUCACUAAUCCUGGGCCUUUGCCUACUGGCGCUGAUGCUCUUUCUCGGCGUGCUGAUGAUCGACUUCCAAAGGAAGUUGAGUAGAUUGGAUAGAGAGGCUCUCGAGGCCCGAGGUAUUACGCCCGGCCAUUGCGCACGUUGCGGACAACAGUUGCCUCGCAACUGGCUUUUCUGGACCCAGAGAUAUGUGUGCUCCCCGGCAUGCACGCAACUUCCAGCUAUCACGCGGCGUCGUGCGCAAAACGAAGCCGAAGAUGCUAAAGGCGUUGAGCCUACCAAGGGAUCGCACUUCCGCGAGAUGAUCGAUGAUGUAUGAAGUACCUGCAUCGACUUAAAAGGCUUGUAAAUGUCAUGGCGCGUGCAUCGUUGUAUGGUGAUAUUAGGCCGUUGUACUCCGUGCUGUAAAUUUUCCGCCCAAUGACACACCAAAUGCCC